CAUGCACUUUCAAAGCCAUCUCCGCAACCCUAGCUAACCCCCGUUGAUCUCCCGUCGUGUACCCGCCAGCCCGCCAGCCCGCCAGCCCGACCUACCGAAACCAGAGCACCAUGGGCCGUUUAACUAGGUACGGCAGAAGCCUUGCGGACUUCCUCAAUGGCAUCAUCCCGGCUGCCAUCCUUGGGUUCAUCUGUCAAUUCUACACAGAAAAUAAUACUCCAGUACCAUCGCUCCAUUAUCUACAUUUUCCUACUGCAACGGGACAACUAAAGCCUACAUGGGAAAACCCUGGAGGCGAUAAACACGCUCUUAUUCGCGCCGCACUAUAUCCCGACGAGACUGUGGCUAUAUCUCCAUUCGCCGCCGUGCAACCAUCACACGUGUCAGUUACGAUGAUAUGUGUCGCCGCCACCGCCGCCACCACGGCCAUGGUACAUGGACAUGAAACGUUUUUGCCAGCCAAUAGGCCUUCUCUCCCACACUUUCUGCUUUCCAAGGCGCUCUCAACAAGACGUCGACACGUCACCUUUUCUGCGUCUUCCGACGGAGCUGAGGAGUAUGAUAUAUGACUAUGCAAGCAGCAGCGGCAGAUACGAAACAAGGUACAUGAUCAAUUCGUGUUGGCCUCGGACGAUAUUUCUUUUGACGCUGAUGAAAUGCG